UUUGGGUGAUAUUCAAGUUGUGUGUAAGUUCUCACAGCGCCUCUAUGCGUUGAUGUCAUGUGUUUCAGUUUUGGUUUUGCCUGUGAACGAAUGGGAACUGGGCUUCUCUGAUACGCGCUAUGGCUUCUAUAAGUGAUCAGCUGGAGGAAGUGAGGAUUAAUGCUGAACGCAGUUUGUGUUCUCCAGGCUCUGCUCAGGAGAUCAGGGCAGGGGUAGUUGCUAUGGCCAACAUCCCCUUCCCUCCCUCCAGCAAAUAUCGCUACAUAGCCGCUGAAAGCAUGCUGACAGAAAACUGUAGUGGAAACAACCGUAAAGAAACCAUCGCAUCCCUGCAGAAACUUUCCACAGCUCUGAACAUAUUGGAGAAGUAUGGCUCCAAUCUUACCAACUCCAACAGGCCAAAGUACUGGCGCACGGUGAAGUACAACAACCCUGUCUUCAGGACAACAGUAGAUUCGAUUCAGGGUGGCAGGGCAGUACUUAACCUAUAUGGAUACACAAAUCAGCAGCAUGACGGUUUGAGCUUUUCCGAUGAUGUUCACGAGCCAGACGUUGAGAAGGUGGCAUCAGUGACUCUUGAGGUCAUGUGCCUCCGAAUGGAGCUGGACAUGCUAAUUAAGGGUGCCCACGGUCAUCCAGAGUUCUUCGAAAGGCUUAUUCCUUCUCUCACUGUGCAGGAUGAAGAUGGAAUCAGCACAGAUGCAAUUGCCUUCUCUCCUAGUGAGAAACCAUGGGAGAAGCAAAGUCCCUCGCCUGCGUCUACGCCUUCUCAGUCCAAAUCUCCAUUUAGUCCAGCCCUUCCUCUCUCAUCUUUAGUGCCCUCCAAACAGACAGGUAAUUUCUCUACAGACAAUUGCAGCAUAUGUGGCUUAUUUCCGAUCUCUGCUCAUUGUCCAACCUGUACUCAACGGCUGUGCACAGACUGUGACAAGCUGUAUCAUUCCCAUUCAGGACGAUCUACACACGUCAGAAUUCCUGUGACUUCCUCUAAAGCCACAAAAAGGCUUAGCUCAUCAUUGUCUACAUGGCAGUGUUCAUACUGCACUACAGUUAAUACAAUGCAGCAUGUUUUGUGUGAGACCUGUGAGCGACCACGCCUGUCUUCUGCUGCCCCCUCUGUGCAAGAGGAACCAUCACAGCCUUCUACAAUAUCUGAAUGGCAAUGUAAAAGCUGCACAGUAGUGAACGCAGGCAGCAGCAUACUGUGUGAGGUGUGUGAGCGUCCUCGUCUGGCCACCCGGCCACCUGUCGCACCCUCCCGGCCGACCCCCUCUGCUACUGGACUAUCGGACAGCCAGUGGGUUUGCCAGUUCUGUACGUACGUCAACCAUAUGCCAUCACCCAGCUGCGAAAUGUGUUAUCUUUCAAAAUCAGAUGCUGCCCCAUCACCUACUAAACCCCUCCCACUUCCUCAACCUCUCCCACUUCAACCUGCGGAGAACGUCACACCAGUAUUAGCCACACCCAAAGCGACGCCCACCGAGGACCCUGAUUUGAAAAGACAAAGAUUAAUGAGGGAGGAAGGGAUUAAACUCAUUCAGCUGAUUCGUGAGGGAGAAAAGAAAGGGGUCAGCCCAGAGGAGGUUUACACAAGCAUGUGUGUGUCAGGGAACAGUAAUGUAACACCGUAUGACUGGCUGAAGGCAGAAUUGCCUCAUGUGCUCGAUGAGAUCUGUGUAUUGGCUGCGUCCUGCCACCAAGAUCCCAAUGCAGUAUCAAACGGUUCGGGAGAGAAUGAGGGCCAGGAUGGACAAAAGAGCAAUGAUGUGCCUCUGUCUAGAGCAGAAGCUAAACGGGCCUGGCUGGCAGCAGAGGGCGACAAUGAAAAGGCUGUAAAAUUAGCUCUCAGGAACCGUAGAGCUAAAGUAAAAGAGCUUGGCUUUCUGGGCUUUAAUGAUGUGGCCCGCUGUGAAGAAGCUUUGCGGCAAAGUGGAGGAGAGGUAAGGGGGGCUCUCGUCUUGCUGCAGCGCUCUUUACUGGAGGCCUUUCAUCAGCGCAUAUGGAGCGAUGAGCCGGAGCCUGCAAUCGACAUCAACCAUCCUGAUAAACAGCAUGUUUGCCGUAGGUUGCUGGCAGUGUAUGACCUUCCCAGUUGGGGGCGCUGUGAGCUGGCUCUGUCUUUACUACGAGACCCUGCAGCCUCAUACACACUGGAGGAUGUGGUUCAGGCCGUUCGCGAGUCACCUGAUCGAGAUUUCAUACGGCGUGUGCUUAACAAAGAAUGCCCUAUCUGCCUGUCUAUUUUUCCUCAUAGCAAGAUGCAGUCUCUGACAUCCUGCCAGUGCUCAGUGUGCUGUGGAUGUUUCAAGCAGCAUUUCACUAUAGCAGUGAGGGACAAACACAUCAGAGACAUGGUUUGUCCUGUCUGUACUGAGCCGGACAUUAAUGACCCUGAGCACCUUAACAGCUACUUCUCUACUCUGGACAUACAGCUUAGGGAUUGCCUUGAACAGGACGUGUAUGAGCUCUUCCACAAGAAACUGACUGAGCAGGCUCUCAUCAAGGACCCAAAGUUCUUGUGGUGCAGCCAUUGCUCGUACGGCUUCAUCUAUGAUGGCGAUCAACUCAAGGUCACCUGUCUGCAGUGCAGGAAAAGCUUCUGUGCUCAAUGCAAAAAACCGUGGGAGGACCAGCACAAGGGUCUUUCGUGUGAGCAGUUCCAGCUGUGGAAGCGAGAGAACGACCCCGAGUACCAGAAGCAGGGUUUGGCUGGAUACCUGCGUGACAAUGGGAUCACUUGUCCCAACUGUAGGUUCCAGUACGCUCUGGCCAGGGGCGGCUGUAUGCACUUCAGCUGUUCCCAGUGCAGGUAUCAGUUCUGCAGUGGGUGUAACAACCCAUUUCACACUACGUGUGCAGUGAACCAGUGUACUGUGACAGGUCUGCAUGCCCAUCACCCCAGAGACUGCCUCUUCUACCUCCGAGACUGGGAGCCUGCCAGGCUUCAGGCCUUACUGCAGAAUAAGGGAGUGAACUACAACACUGACACUGCUCCUGGAGCACAGACUGGUGUGUGUGGAGUUAUCGAACAGAAGGAUGAAGGGCCGCAGCCGACCGACUCGGCGUGUGGAGCUCAGACUCAGCCAGGACAGGCUGGCCUCUGCGAGAAGCAUUAUCGAGAGUACCUGGUUAGCCUCAUUAAUGGGCAUUCUCUUGACCCCGCCCCCCUCUUCAGUCAUGAAGAGCUAAAUGUGGCCUGCAGGAGAUACCAUGUGGACAUCACACGUGGGGAAGGAGAAGAUGAUAGAACAUACUUUGCAAGACUGCUAAAGAAACUAAUGGAUGAUGUGCCUCUGGGAGACAAGGUCCCUCGCAAGAAGUGAAGACAACCUUUCUUCCUCAUUUAACCUGUGCUGACUAUUUUGAGCUUAAAGGCUGAGAGGAUGUUGAACACAGUGCUUCCCUCUUCUAAAUGUGAUGGAGUUUCACAUAUUUGCACACAGUCGUAUCGUUUAAUCAUACAUUUAUUUGUAAUCAAAACUUGAUUGAUUGAUAGUCUGUUUAAUCAAAAAAAAAUAUUUUAGUUGUAAUAUUUGAUAAACAAAAACAAAGAGUUAAGUCUUUGACAGAGCUACAGCGGAUCCACUUACAGUAUCUCUAAAUGCAUAUAUACAAGUUAUAUACAUUUUUAAGGAGACAAAAGAAUCAUUGAACAGCACUAUUUUAAAAUGUGUUUUAAGAGUGAACAUUUGAAAUGAGGUUUGCGUCAGACAGUAGUUCUCAUUAAAUUAAACUUAAAACUUGACAUCUGAAGAUCCAUUGAGUUUAGUUUCAAAUUAAAGGUACAAUCAAAAUGUAACGGCAUGUUCUUUUGAAUGUUGGUGUAUAUGUACAUAUAUAUGGGAUUAUUAAAGAUAAUUUAUAAAGUUAA